AUGAAUGUAGGAGAGAUUUCAGCACAGAUAGGAUCUUAUCUCAAGCUGUCCAGCAAUCCAAAGCCACUUCGAUUGAUAUAUUCAAGUACGCCAACAUGGCCAUUUCCAGAAACGAAGUCUUCAUCCCACCAACAACAAAUCGAUAUUGGCGUUUUGGAUUCUUCCUUUAAUCCUCCACAUAAAGCUCAUCAUGCUUUGGCAACGUCUUCCAAACCUGCAUUUGCAGAUGAACAGGCUACCGCAAUCAAAGGCAAGGAACAAUAUGAUGCAAUCCUACUGCUGUUCUCGGUACGAAAUGCUGAUAAAGGAUUAGGAUCUAGUAAAGAUGCAUCGCCUGCUCAACGAAUAGAAAUGAUGCAAUUGAUGGCACAAGAGUUGGAAAGCGAAAAAUCAAUGAAUGUAGCUGUUGGAAUCGUGGAAGAGCCAUUAAUGAUCACAAAGAGUACAUUGAUUCACGAUUUCAUCAAGCAACAGCCCAGUACAGCUCCAAUACGACUGCAUUGGUUAGUUGGAUUCGACACUCUGGAACGAUUCUUUCAAGUGAAAUACUACCCUUCACCAGACUAUUUCGCAAAAGCAUGUCAAACUUUCUUUGAAGAUGAACGAACGACAUUUGUUUGUGCACGAAGGCAAAUGAAUAAAAAUACAGAUGCAGGACGAGACACAUCAUCGCAAAAAGCAGAGCAAGUAUUAUUACAAAGCAAAGAAGUAUCUCCUUGGAAAGAGCGUGGAAGUGUGGUCAUGAUCGAUUUACCCACAUCCGUACAGGAUGUCAGCAGUACUGCAAUACGCAGAACGAUUCAAAAGAAAGACAGCAAAUCGGAUGAAGACUUGCAGGGAAAGUUGAGUCAGAUGACCGCAUCCUCAAUUGCAUCGUAUCUUGUACGGGAGAAGCUGUAUAAAGAGUAA